AUGGAACAGCUCCGAACCCGGGCUCGAUGGGAGAAGUGGCUCUUUAUCCCAAGCUUUCGAGAGGAAGGCGUCUGUUGGGCCUUUGUAUCUCUCUUGAGUGAGGUGCGUCUCGAGUCGGUCGUCAUCCAGGAAUCGGGCCGGGCCCGGGAGAAGGAGCAGGUCAAGGUCUCAUUCCAGAAAGCGCCACCUGAGAAAGUCCAGGCGCCACUCGCGGUCUUCCUCGCGGAGCCGGUCGAGUUCCCGCAGCAGGCCUACGCGGUCUCGCCGGGGCGACGGUACUACGGCUUUGACCCUAUGGUGUACCCGAAAGAACACAGCAGUUGGAGGGAGAGAUCCAGGAAGAGGUCGUGGAGCAGAACUCCGUUUCACUUAAGUGAAAAAGAUAAAAUGGAGCUAUUAGAAAUAGCAAAAGCCAGCGCAGCCAAGUCGUUAGGAAUAGCCAACCUUGACUUGCCAGUUAGUCUCAAAACUGUUCCUGUAGCUAAAGAAAGAAACUGUGAAACAGCUGUACCAAAUACUGCAAAGUUUGAGAGUUCGAAUAAUGAAAAUGCAAGUGAGUACAAUACCAACACCAGCAUGACCCAGACAAUACCGAAAAAGAAGACUAAACGGCUGUGUUAUUUUAACGUCAGAUGGAAGGACAUAUACAGCUGGAUUAGGGAGAAAUGGAAGGAGAUAGCCUUCUUAGACAUAUGCCUACAAGAUGGCUGUCAUUGUUGCCAGCCAUAGAAAAGAUGUUAAAAUGUUGGCCUACCAUAAAAUCCUAUUUUCAAAGUGUGGGAAAAGAAGAAUGUCCUUCUCUAAUUUGGAAAUACAUUGAGGAUGAGAAUGGAGAAAAAGCUUACAGUACAACAGAAAUUUAUAUGCUGUUUCUCCAAAACUGCUUGAUGGUCUUUGAAGAAGCCAUAAGGAGCCUAGAAAAGGAUAAACUGUCUGCACCUGAGUUAUUUGAUAUUAUGUGUAAGUUGCGACAAAAACUCAUACGGCGAAAAAAUGACUCAUUUUUUGGAAAGAAGACUGCUUUAGAACUGAAAAAAACGUCACCAGAAAAGGGUAAUCAAA